UAAAUUGGAGACUGGUCUCAAGAUGAUUAACUUUCCAAUUAUUCCAUUGUGUUUUCUGGUUUUGGUGCAAUGCACUUCAUCGACAGCUGGACUCUUUCUGGAAGAGAAAAUUUCACGACUGGAAAAGAAUUACAUGAAAAUCAAAGAAGAUUUAGAGUCGAAAAUUGUUACCUUGGAGACGAAAGUGAUUCGAUUAGAAGAAAAAGUUGAGCAACAACAGGUGCUUAUCUCUGACCUGAUAAGGAGCGUGAAAGAUCAACAACACCCAUCGACAAAAUCUCUUUCAGUCAAAGUUUAUGUCAAUCAAGAGUGGAAGGCAAACGCCAUACUCAGGUCGUGCAGGGAAAUUCACGAAUCCGAUUCUUUGCUGGACUCUGGAAACUAUUGGAUCGAUCCUGACGGCCAAGGAAUCGGAGAUGACGCCAUCAAUGUUUACUGUAACAUGACAAUAGGAUCGACUAGUUUACCACAUGACAGUGAAACGAAAAUGGAUGUCGGCCAAUGCUCCGAGCCCGGAUGUUAUUCGAGAAAAAUCAAUUAUUACGCAAGUGACAGGCAGAUUUCAGCGUUGAUGGAAUUAUCACACGAAUGCAGCCAAUCAAUCCGGUACGAUUGUCAAAAUGCGCCACUUACAUUAGACGGCGUGGCCAUCGCCUGGUGGAAUGACGUAAACGGCCACAAGAGAAACUUUUCGACUUGGUUGACUCACUGCGACUCUGAUCUCCACACCCACACCCACGGAAUUAUCCACACGAAAAGUGAAUUGCCGGUCAAGCGACUCAAUUUCGGUGGAACGUCUAACGGGUCCGGCCAGCACACACUGGGGCGAUUGGAAUGCACAGGAAAGGCCAAACUGAAGCAAAUGCCUGGCUCUUGUGAGGAUUUGUUCCGUCUUGGACACAACCUGGAUGGAUUGUAUUCCGUCAUGGGAAACACAACGGUAGAAAGUGUCUACUGCGAUUUUUCUAAACUUCCCAACGAACAAGGAUUUCAGAAAUGGAUUGGAUUUAAUGACAUCAAAUCAAGCCCAGUCUAUUUCUACGUUCAGAGGAAUUCAGUCUUUACCAGGCUGUCAACACCGAUCCCAUUCAGUCGUGCACUCGUCAACAUUGGAAACGCCAUGAAUUUGACAUCAGGGAGAUUCACGGCACCCCGAUCGGGAAUCUAUUACUUUUCGUUCACAGGAUUGGCUGAUUUUCCUUCUUCUUCUUCAAUUGGAGUUUAUUUAAAAGUAGAUCUUUACCUCAACGGUCGUCCGAUCGGCUCCGGUCGAGUGGAAGAAGCCAACACCGUCAGUCAACAAUGGAGUCCAUUGAUCGUCCAGUCGACGUUGAACAUGAAAAUGGGCGAUCGAGUCUGGCUGCAGAUUGUCGACAAAUCUUCUGAAGAAGUGACGCUGUUUGACAACGCAGAACGGUACACUCACUUCACCGGAUGGAUGUUGCAGGAAGAUAUUGGAUCACUUUGACGUUGUACAUUUGUACCCAUUGUCUGUUCCACUUCAAACACGAAACAUUUUCAACUUUUCGUACAUCUACUUCUUUGGCAUUACAUUGUGUUACUUACUCAA